UCUGGCACUUUGCCUUUUUCUCAUGACGUGUCGGCGAGCGGAGUUAAACAAAUCAAAAUAAUUCUAAAGAACGUGUGGAGGUCGUCAUAGUAAAAUGCAUAAACAAUUGAUCUGGCUGUCCCUGCUGCUGUGCACGCUACAUAGUGCCUGCGGCUUGUACUUUCACAUCUCAGAAACGGAGCGCAAGUGCUUCAUCGAGGAGGUGCCAGAUGAGACGACAGUGAUUGUCAACUACAAAGUGGAGCUGUAUGAUCCGCGCUCGAAUGGCUUCAUGCCCAGCUCACCGGGCAUCGGCAUGCAUGUGGAGGUGCGCGAUAGCGAUGAUAAGGUGAUUCUGUCGCGAGUCUACAGCUCGCAGGGACGCAUCUCGUUCACAUCGCACACGCCAGGAGAACAUGUGAUCUGCAUGUUCUCCAACAGCACCGCCUGGUUCAGCGGUGCCCAGCUGCGCGUCCAUCUGGACAUCCAGGUGGGCGAGCAUGCCAUCGACUACGCGAACGUGGCGCAAAAAGAGAAGCUGACGGAGCUGCAGUUGCGCAUACGCCAGCUGUUGGAUCAGGUGGAGCAGAUAACCAAGGAGCAGAACUAUCAGCGUUAUCGCGAGGAGCGUUUCCGUCACACCAGCGAGAGCACCAACUCUCGCGUCCUGUGGUGGUCACUGGCCCAGACUGUUGUCCUGCUGUGCAUGGGCUUCUGGCAAAUGCGACAUCUGAAGAGCUUCUUCGAGGCCAAGAAACUGGUGUAAUAUCCAAGCAAAAGAUGGCGGCAGUUCAAGUUCAAAUCUCCUCCGAUUAUGUUUUGCCUCAUUCGAUGUAUUGUAAACGAAAGUGUUGUUUCCUCUGCCUUCCGGUUGCUAUAAAGCGUAACUUAACUAAAUUGCUCGCCACAAUUUGCCGACGAACUUCAUCUAUCAUCGACAUACUCCACUUCUCCGUUGUCCUCACUUCAGCUUCCCUCACCAACUUCUGCGGUUACCAUUAGUUGUUAAUAGUUAUUCUGUGUCGCGAUAAUUAUCUUUUUCGUAAUAACUUCAUAAUUUAAUAAAAACAAACAAAAAUUUCAUUGAA